AUGGGAUGGUGGGAAGUGGGGGGAGGGUUUGGUGGUGGAUUUGGUGGAUGUAUAGGCGGUGGAGAUGAUGGGUGUGGUGGAGGAUUCGGUGGAGGUAAAGAUGGUGCAAAUGAUGGUGUAUUCGGUGGAGGUAUAGGUGGAGGUAUAGGUGAUGGAGAUGAUGGUGGAUUCGGUGGAGAGAUUGGUGGUGGUGGUAAAGAUGGUGUAGAUGAUGGUGUAUUCGGUGGAGGUAUAGGUGAUGGAGACGAUGGUGGAUUCGGUGGAGGGAUUGGUGGUGGAGAUGAUGAGUGUGGUGGAGUGAGGUGUUGGGAUGAUGGCGGUGAUGGCAAGUAUGAUCAAGAGAGAACCAGUGGUGGACCAAGAAUUGAAGGAUUUGGUGAAGGGUUUUUAGGUGGUAAUAGUGUUGUAGUCUCAUGA